CUAGCAAGAAGAUCCACAGGUUUACUUUCUUGAAUUUGGUUACAAUUUUUACAAUAAAAGAAAAAAACGUUCCCAAUUGAUCUAAUGCUCACAUAUGCAGUGAUACGACGCCGUAAAAUUCCCUUUAAACCAUCGAUAACCUUUAAUUUAGGCGGGCCAUUUGGCGCGGCACAGGGGAGCAGACCAUUGGGAUCCAAUUUUGAUUUUCUUCAACGGUAGGGUUCCCACUGUUCCUCGUCUCUACAACGGUAGAAAGGACUUGCAUGUGUACUGUCAGAGUGCAAGUAAAUGGAGCCAGACCAAGUUGUUGCUGAAUUGGUUGGAAUGGGAUUUGAGUUAUCUGAUGUUACAAAUGCUAUAGAAGCCGUGGGUCCGUCGAUUGAUGGUGCAAUUGAUUAUCUCCUUGAUGAUUCUCGAAGAAACACUACGAGUGCAUCAACUAUUAAUGCAUGCAUCACCAGCUGUGCUGGCACACUGGGAAAAAGAGCCUCCUCUUCGUCGUGUUCUGCAAGUAAAAUGCGGCAACCCAGCAUAAACGAAUUCAUUCAGUCAGCAGGCAGACCUAAAAGAAGCAAGACCAUGAAUAAGUUGGAUACGUCUCAAUUAGAAGUCUUGCAAAGAGAUCCCGGAGGUUGUAAUGUGCAUCCUCCCCCAGAGGAUACUGAUCUGCACAUUGCAACUGAAAAAGUCGUGUUGCCAUAUAAUUACAAAGACGAAGAGAGCAUUGGACCAGAUUGGGAAAAGCAGGUUAAGAAUUUGUUGCACAAGCACUUUGGAUACUCAUCCUUGAAGAAUUUUCAGAGAGAAGCUCUCGCAACUUGGUUAGCUCAUCAGGACUGUCUUGUUCUUGCAGCAACAGGAUCUGGGAAGUCUUUGUGUUUUCAAAUUCCUGCAUUGCUGACUGGGAAGGUUGUCAUUGUUAUAUCGCCAUUGAUUAGCUUGAUGCACGAUCAGUGCUUGAAGUUAGCAAAACAUGGUGUUUCUGCUUGCUUCCUUGGAUCUGGUCAAAUUGAUCGAAGUGUUGAACAAAAAGCAAUGGCAGGCAUGUAUAGCAUCAUUUAUGUAUGCCCCGAGACAAUUCUAAGACUCAUAAAACCCAUCCAAGGCCUUGCAGAAAGCCGUGGAAUUGCUCUAUUUGCAAUCGAUGAAGUUCAUUGUGUUUCUAAGUGGGGUCAUGAUUUUCGACCAGAUUACAGGCGAUUGUCUGUUUUGAGAGAGAACUUUAGAAUGGAUACCAUGAAGUUUCUGAAAUUUGACAUACCGAUCAUGGCACUGACUGCCACUGCAACUACUCGUGUUCAAGAAGACAUUCUGCAGUCAUUGCACAUGUCAAAGGCGACACAAAUUGUUCUCACUUCAUUUUUCAGGCCAAAUCUUCGAUUUUCAGUGAAGCACUCUAGAACAUCAUCUAUAGAGUCCUACAAGAAGGAUUUUCAUGAAUUGAUAAGCACUUAUUCCAAAAAAGGAAAGACUGGCAGGAAAAGUAAGUUAAUGCCCACAAAUCUGGAGGAGAACUCUGAAAGCUCUGAUAAUGCUUCCAAUGGUUGCAUGGAUGAAUAUAAUGGAAUCUAUGAGGUUAAUGUAGAUGGCGUUGAGGGGGAUGGCGUUUCUGAUAGUGAAGACAAAGUACGUUCUCCUGGGAGAUGUGGUUUGGCUUCUCUGAAGGAUAGACAAUUGUCCGUUGAGUAUCUGGAAGAUGAGUGUGAUCUUGUGCAAGAUGUUGAUGAUUUGGAUGUUUCUUGUGGUGAAUUUAGUGGAAAACUACCAACAAAAGGUUUAAGUGGUUUUCUAUUGCCCAAAGCACCUGAUCUGCCCAGUAAGCCAGAGGAAAGAGCAAAGUUUCAGCAUGAACCGUUGGAAGAUGGACCAACAAUAAUCUAUGUCCCAACUAGGAAAGAAACGUUAAGUAUAUCAAAAUUUCUUUCUAGAUCUGGGAUCAAAGCUGCUGCUUACAAUGCUAAGUUGCCAAAAUCACAUCUAAGGCAGGUGCAUAAGGAAUUUCACGAGAACACGCUGCAGGUCAUUGUCGCAACAAUCGCCUUUGGUAUGGGUAUCGACAAGUUGAAUGUGCGAAGGAUCAUUCACUACGGCUGGCCCCAGAGUCUGGAGGCUUAUUAUCAAGAGGCUGGUCGAGCUGGUCGGGAUGGAAAAGUAGCAGAGUGUGUUCUAUAUGCAAACAUGUCAAGAACACCGACGCUUCUACCAAGUCAAAGAAGUGAAGAGCAGACAAAACACGCAUAUAAGAUGUUAUCGGAUUGCUUCAGAUAUGGAAUGAACACUUCUUGCUGUAGAGCGAAAACACUUGUGGAGUACUUCGGCGAGCGCUUUCUUUUGGAGAAAUGUCUUGUGUGUGAUAUAUGCAUCAAAGGACCACCUGAAAGGCAGAAUUUAAAGGCCGAGGCCAUUAUUUUCUUGCAAGUUGUUGCUACUCAUUGUAGAAAUUUUGCAGACAUCUCCUAUGGUGGCGAUGAAGGGAGACUUGGUGAGAAGCUAAACAUAAAGGCUUUAGUCAGCAGAAUAAGAGAACAGUAUCAGCAAUUUAGUGCAAGUGACCUCUUGUGGUGGAGAGGUCUUGCUCGACUGUUGGAAGUUAAAGGAUUCAUUAGGGAGGGAGAUGACAUGACACGCGUGCAGAUAAAAUAUCCAGAAGUAACAGAACGGGGAAGGCAGUUCCUGAGUUGUGAAACAGAGCAGCCAUUUCAUGUUUAUCCUGAAGCAGAUAUGCUGCUAUCAAUGAGAAGCCCCAAGUCUUAUUCCAGUUUUGCUGAAUGGGGGAAAGGGUGGGCUGAUCCAGAGAUCCGUCGCCAACGCUUGCAGAGAAAGCGAACAUGGAAAUCUCCAAGAAAACGAAAAUCACGUAAACGUCAGCCUGAUUGUAAUACAGUUCGUGGAAGACUGACUGCCAAGCUAUCGAAAAAUAAGUGACACAAAUGUGAACUAUGAACUGUUCAUAAAAAUGUGAUUUUGGCGAUUUGAUUAUAUAUUUUGUUUCAUUGAAACAAUCAGCAUUGUAACAACAUUAAAGAUUGGAUUUGCACGAUCCCAUUCUUUAUUUGUUCGUCUAUUUUUUAUGAUUGGUGGAUACUUGUCGGUUGUCA